AACCGAGCUGCAUACCGCCAGUGUGGUUCAAGUUGUGAUGGUAAAUUGAACUUGCAGGUCUUGGCGGCGCUUCGAGGAAGAAGCAGCCGAGCACGAUAGCACCUGCUAUAUCAGAUUCACCCUUACAGUACUCGAUAUCGCAUCUCUACAAGUGUCCUCGCAGCGUGAAAAAAGGCUGUAUGCUGCCUAUAGAGCUCGCAUCCUUGUCGACGAGUCAAGUUAUGACAAUCUCUCCAUUCGAUUCGAUCAGCGUUACGUUGUCAGUGGACGAAGCUUCACCAACACGAGGUCCUGAUACGCGACGCGUUCAGUCUACUCUACGGGCUAAUCAGGCCAUCUGUAUGCUUCUGUUGCCGAGAAAUCGUAGACCUCAGUCACUUUUACGUUUUCACCAGAUACUAAGAUCAUUUUGUCUGUCGUACACGCCAUCUACAUCAACCAUCAUGAGCACAACUCAACAAUUCCCCUGGCCACAUGGCAAGCGCGCCUGUAUCAGCUUAACAAUGGACAAUAUGGGCGAAGCCGCCGACCUCAACCGUGGACUUUGGCCCAAAGAUAAGCCGAUAGGCUCGCACUACUCCGUAAUCGAAAAGCUUCCUAAGAUGCUUGACUUGCUGGACAAAUAUCACAUCCCCGCCACUUACUUCGUUGAAGGCUGGAAUUGUCCCAUCUACCCGGAUACCAUCCAACAUGUUCAAACCCGAGGCCACGAGAUUGGAUUCCACGCUUAUCAGCACGAGGUCUGGAAGAAUCUGGAUGCUGAGACAGAGGUUGGGAAUUUGGAUAAGAGUGUUGAGAAUGCGAAAGCGAUUGGUGUGCAGUAUAAGGGAUUCAGGCCACCGGGUGGUCUGGUCACAGAUAGGACGUUGAAUCUGAUGAAGGAAAAAGGGAUGACUUAUCUUUCUCCAGCCGCAGAACGUCCGGCUUUGGUCGAUGGCAUUGCAAUGGUGCCGUUCCAGUGGGAGAGCAUCGAUGCCUACUUCUAUAUGGCCUCAACAGCUGCACUGAGAAAGGGUAAAGGUGACACAGAAGACGUACUUUCACCCCAAGUUCUCAAAGAACGAUUGAUCAAGAGGAUUGACGAGGUUGUCAGAGAGGGAGGAUAUCUGGCUCUAUUGUUCCACCCUUUCCUACAGACCGAGGACGAGAAGCUACAAGUUAUGGAGGAGGUAGUGGAACACAUAGUAAGCAAGCAAGAAGAGGCAUGGAUAGCUCAAUGCAAGGACGUAGCGGACUGGAUCCGCAAGAACCCAGAGGCGUUCGGUAACGAUCCGGGAUGGGACAAGGCAGAAUGGAAGAAGAAUUAGGCAUGCAUGUUCAUAUGCCGUUUGAAGGAGGAGACUA